UCUUGGGGAGGAGGAAGCCGCUGUACCCAUCCAGCAGCGGGGGAGGAAACCGAGAUCUGGAAGGCUUAAAGAGCCCGGGUGAUCUGACCUUGAGGAAUUAAACAAGUGGGGGAGUGGACCAGAGGCAAGACAAGUCCCAGAGAGGCAGAGGCUCUGCGGGCAGGGCAGGAGAGAAAUCUCAGCGGAGGAGCCUGUGGGUCCAUGGAGAAGCCCUGGGACCUUCCCCACAGCUGGCCUGGCUGUUGGAAGGGAUUCCUGUUCACAGCCACAAUCCUCAGCUGCUCCGUCCAGCUAGCCUCUUUGGCCCAGCUGAGCAUAGCACCUAUUCCUUCCUAUGGCUCGAUCGGGAACAACGUCACUCUGUCUGUCCGGGGGAUCCUGAAGGAGCCUCAGAGUUAUUCCUGGUUCCGGCAGAUGACCGAGGAGUCCAACAAGAUCAUGAGCUACACGGUCCAGUCGGGGGAGCAGACCCGGGGACUCAACCACACCGGCCGGGAGAGCAUCUUCCCAAACGGUUCCUUGUUUAUCACCAAUCUCACUUCCGACGAUGACGGCGUUUACAUCGUACAGGUCGCCGUCACAAAGUUGAAGCCAGUCCUGGGAUGGGGACGCUUGCAGAUCAAUGAUUCUCCCAGGUCUUCCCACUUGGGGUUAGUGGCUAGUAUUGUCCUCGGAGCAAUGGCCGGUGGGGUCAUCACAGGUGUCCUGGGCUACUUCUUCUUCAAGCGGACUCGAGGUAUCCUCAGGUCUUCCCGGAGCAUGAGACAAAAUUCUGUCCAAAGACGAAGACAUCAUCCUAUAAGUCAGAAUAAUGGUAGAGAAGAUAUGGUGCAUGAAAACCAUCAGUGGCAUCGAGGCAUGACCCUGACUGGCCAGGGAGAAGGCUUGUCAUUCAUUUCCUCUCUAGAGAUAUUGGAGGCCCCCCACCAGGCACUGGAUCUCAGCAAAAUGGAUGUUUAUGAUGAGGUCAUGGUCUGGCCAACACUCCAGGCUCUUAACGAAGAGGAGAAAUCCCCAACUCAAUGAAGUGAUCCUGUUUUUUCUCUUCUGAAAUGACUCCUUCACUUGGGAUCCAGGGACCUUCCACAAUGAAAGUACUUUGUUUGUGGUCGGAAAGUACACUUGCUCGAUGAACCUCAGGAGAACUUCCACCGGAACCUCAAGGAGCACCUGCCUCCGAUGUGGCAAUGAGCCCAGGUUCUUCCUGGAGAUCCUGUGACAGCCUUGAACCUCAAAUUUGGAGGUCGGUUGUCCAAAGGCAAAGGGGGACUAUGUAAAAUUAGAGCAUCAGAGAAAGGGAUAUCUGGGAGGGGUCUUAGGAAAUAGAACAUGGGAUAGCAGAACUGGGGGAGGGGAGAGGAAACCAUAGAAAAAGAGAACAUAAGAACUCCAAGGAAACUAAUGUUCUAGGUUUUGUUUUUAAGGCUUUGCUAGCCCCUCCUUUCCCAGUUCCGAUUAUUAUGUUUUAAAGUCCCUCCCAGAUCUAGCAUUUUAGAAUCCAAAAAUGAUCUAUUAUCUCCUUUGUUCUGUGCACUAUGUUUUUAUGAAUUCAACCCAAGGAUGGCAUGAAUUUAGUUCCAUUCAAUAAACAUUUAAAUACCUACUAUGUGACAGAUAUUAUCUGUCACAUAGGAGAUACUUAUUUGUCAGGGUACAAGAGCUAUUUGCUGGGACCACAAAGUCAAAAAGCAUAAGAGUUCCACCCCUCAGGAAGUUUACUUUUUUUUGAAUGGGUCAGGGGACACACAAUAUAUACAAAGACAAACAAAAAUAAAAUAAGUGCAAAAUGAUGAGGGUGUGGGAGAGGAAGAGAGCACAAGCAACUGGGGAUAGGGGUGGGGCAGCAUGCCUGGGUGAAAAAGACUCAGCUCCUCUCCUGCCUGUCAUAACUCAUUCUGUUGGUUUCUUAUUUAGCUAACUGAAACUUCUUUCAUAUAACUUGUUAAUAUAAUGUUCUCUUAGCUCUUUGUCAACUUCUUCUUCUUCUUCUUUUUUUUUUUAGCCUCAGUACAACACUUUACAUUAACAUCUAUUAAAUUGUAUCUUGUUCAUUUGGGAAUCCUUUGCAAAGAUAUCUUUUUUUUUUUAAUUAUCUUCAUACCUCCUAUUUUUACAAUGCAUGAAUUUCCUUUUUGUCUUAAAGAAUUCAAACAAUAUUUAUUGAUAAACCCAUGAGGAAAACUUAAUGUAAAACAGAAGCAUUGGAUAUUUGCAACAAGUAGUUUAAAAUUGGUGGAAUUGCAUUUUCUCAUUAACUAGUAUGGCCAAAGAAGGGAUGUUCUCGAUUAGCUAAAUGUAGUGACAUUGACUGGGAAAAGUAACCUUCCACUGUUAAGGAUUAUUCUGAUUGGUUUCAUAUAUUUCUAGAAAUAAAGUGGGUUUUUUGUUUUUUUUUUUACCAUUUAUUUAGCAUUAGUAUCCAAUUGGUCAAUGUAAUUUCUUCUGUCUGAUUUUUUUUUUGAGGCAAUGAGAGUUAAGUGACUUGCCUAGGAUCACACAGCUAGUAAGUAUGUGUUUGAACUUAGACAGUCCUGACUCCAAGGCCACUGCUCUAUUUUCUGUGUCACCUCAAUGCCCUGAUCUGAUGCCUUUCAGAGUUACUCCUUUCUUACUUCCUCUUGCUGAUCCCAGAAAUCCUUUUCAAAUCACAACCCAACAAAUAUAAAGCUUCCUCCUACAAACAGGAAAAUUGCUUUUACUAGGAACAAAUUUUAUUUAUAGUAUUAUUUAAGUUCAUUUAAACAUAUAUCUCCAGCUUCAAAAAAAAUCGAGUCUUUUUUUUUCCAGACCUGAAAAAAAUUGGGUUAAAAUGAUGUAAUUUUUCCCUUUUGCUAAUUCAGUAAGACUUUAGCUUUGCUCUCCUAUUUAAUGCCAAAUAAAUAUUACCAUGUACCAGUGAAACAGAAACACAAAGAAAUUUUGUUUCUGAUUCUCUCAUUUGAGUAUGUAUAAUACAUCAUUUAAUAAAUUAAUCAGCUAAUAAGUUAAACUAACACAUAGUUUAUAAUGUACUGGAAAAACUUAUGGCAAUGCCGGGAAGUCAAAAGUUACUGCUUGAAAAUCUUUAUACAUGAAUAUUUUAAUCUCCUUAUAUUAUAGAAGCAUUUCUAUAUGAUGCUACAUAUUCUCUAUCAUCACUUGAAAUGCACACCCUGGCAUUUCUGACACUUCAACAGUCACAAUACUUUUUAAUCCCUAAAUCUGACAAGCCACCUCUGCUUAAGUCACCUGCCAAUGUUAAAUGGGAUAGCUAGGUGGAGUAAUGGAUAAAUUGGAGUCAAGGAGACUUUUGUGAGUUUGAACCUACCUUCAGACAUUUUAAAGCUGUGUGACCCUAAGUAAAUCACUUGAUGCUGUUUGCCUCAGUUUCUUCACUAGAUAGUUGUGAGGAUAAAAU